GCAGCGGCGGGGCCGGGCCGGGCUAUAAAGGAGCCCCUGCCGGGGCCACAUUCGGUUUCACCGCCGCAGCCCGAUGCGCCGCCGCGCUCUCCGUACCCUCGCCCUGCCCGUCGGGGCGGCCCUGGCCGCGGCCGCGGCGGGGCAGCAGCUUCUCUGCCAGGCAGCUGAGAUCCCCAAGGAGGGAAAGGUUGAUGUGAAUGAGGAAAAGGCAACAAACACCAGCUGGUGGCUGGACCGUAAGCAGAAACACCCCGCAAAGAAUGGCAAGUGCAACCUGACCGGCUGGUGGGAGAAUGACCUAGGCUCCAAGAUGCAUGUGUCCACAGUUGACAACCAGGGCAACUUCUCCGGCGAGUACUACACCGCUGUGUCGAACACCCAGAAACCCAUCAAGCCGUCCCCCCUUGUUGGAUCCCAGCACUUGGACGAGGACGGGCAGUGCACCUUUGGCUUCACUGUCAACUGGAAGAAGUUUUCUGACUCCACAGCUGUCUUUGUGGGCCAGUGCUUUGCUGUAGAUGGUAGAGAAGAGCUCCUGCAGACCUCCUGGCUGCUGCGGGAGAAGGUCGACUCCCUGCCCAGCAACUGGAAAGCCACCAGGACUGGAUACAACACCUUCACUCGCGUGGGCUGAAAGGAGAAGAGAGAACCACCUCCAGUCAGCUGGGCUUGGGAGACCAGGAAAUCACUUAGUAACAUCAGUGUUAAUCAGCAUUUGGGAUUGUUAUCAGCUCUGAAUGAUGUCCCCAAAACCCAAAUAAAAUUAUUUUUUUUCCU